UUCAACAUCAAUUUCAGAUUUUUGUUUUGAAGAAGACUACCAAUCUGAGCAAGUAAAAAAAAAAAAGAUGAAAUCUUUUACUCUACUAUUCUUGUGCGUUGGACUUUUUGUCUUAGUCGUCGAAGGUGAUCAUCGAUGUUCAAACGAAGGUGGACGAUGUGGCAGAGAUCGACAAUGCUGUCGUGAUCUACAAUGCAAUGUGAGGGGAAGAUGUGAAAGAAGAGAAAAUUGUCUUCAAGAGUCACAAGGAUGUCAAAACGAUCGACAAUGUUGUCGAAAUCUUCGAUGCGAUGAAAAGGAGAAAAGAUGUGUAAGAAGAGGAGGAAAUUGCCUUCAAGAGGACCAAGGAUGUCAGAAUGACAGACAAUGUUGUCCCAAUCUUCGCUGCAGUAAAGAGAACAAAAGAUGUGAAAAACGAAGACGCCAUUGAGCCUUCAGAAUUUAAUAAUUCGACUUAAAAGAAGUUUGAAAAUGGAAAAAAAAAUUCAAAGUUAAAAUUAAAAUUUUUCAUAAACACUAUAUAAUAGAAAAUAAAGAAUGUUGCCUUUUUUUCUCUAAAAGUCGAUUAUAAUUAUUGCACAUAUAUAAUAAAAAAGACAAAGUUUAUUCAACAA